AUGGGUGCAGGUGGUCGAAUGUCAGACCCAUUUGAUGACAAAAAGAUUUUGGAACGAGUCCCGGUUGAUCCGCCGUUUUCGUUAAGUGAUUUAAAGAAAGCGAUCCCUGCCCAUUGCUUCAAACGAUCUGUCAUACGUUCAUCUUACUAUGUUGUUCACGACCUCAUUGUUGCCUACGUUUUCUACUUCCUUGCAAAUACAUAUAUUCCUUUUCUUUCUACUCCUCUAGCUUACUUAGCUUGGCCAGUUUACUGGUUCUGUCAAGCUAGCAUCCUCACUGGUUUAUGGGUCAUUGGUCAUGAAUGCGGUCACCAUGCCUUUAGUGAAUACCAAUGGAUUGAUGACACUAUCGGCUUUAUCCUCCACUCAGCUCUCAUGACACCCUAUUUUUCAUGGAAAUAUAGCCAUCGAAAUCACCAUGCCAACACAAAUUCACUUGAUAAUGAUGAAGUUUACAUUCCUAAACGGAAGUCGAAAGUCACGUGGUACUCAAAAAUUCUUAAUAACCCACCUGGUCGAGUAUUCACUUUAGUUUUUAGGUUCACCCUAGGAUUUCCUUUAUACCUCUUAACUAAUAUUUCUGGAAAGAAAUACGGAAGGUUUGCCAACCACUUUGAUCCCAUGAGUCCAAUUUUCACCGAGCGUGAGCGAAUUCAGGUUCUGCUAUCAGAUAUUGGCCUUCUUGCCGUCUUUUAUGCAAUCAAGCUUGCUGUAACAGCAAAACGAGCUGCUUGGGUAAUGUGCAUAUAUGGAGUUCCGGUGCUAGGAGUUCAUAUGUUUUUCGUUAUUAUAACUUAUUUGCACCAUACUCAUCUAUCAUUGCCUCAUUAUGAUUCAACCGAAUGGAACUGGAUCAAAGGGGCCCUGUCAACAAUUGAUAGGGACUUUGGAUUCCUAAAUAGAGUUUUCCAUGAUGUUACACACACCCAUGUUUUGCAUCACUUGAUUUCAUACAUUCCACAUUAUCAUGCAAAGGAGGCAAGAGAUGCAAUCAUUCCAGUUUUGGGUGAGUUUUAUAAGAUCGAUAGGACUCCAAUCUUUAAAGCCAUGUGGAGGGAAGCUAAAGAAUGCAUGUAUAUCGAGCCUGACCAAGCUAGCGAACACAAAGGUGUUUUUUGGUACCAUAAAAUGUGA